UCUGGCCACUUUCGCCGCGUCUCGUUGGUUCCAGAUGCCGCUCUGGCCCAUUUCCGCUCCGUCUCUAUGGUUUCUGAGCCGCUCUGGCCAUUUCCUUCGUGUCUCGGUGGUUUCCGGAGCCGCUCUGGCCAUUUCCUCUCCUUCUCUAUUAUUUCUCGAGCCGCUCUGGCCAUUUCCGGUCCGUCUCUAUAGUUCCGGUGCCGGUGAGGCCUUUUCCGCUGCGCCUCUAUGGUCUUUUUGGGCCGCUCUGGCCAUUUCCGCUUAGUCUCUAUGGUUUUUGAGCCGCUCUGUUUUAUUCCGCCUCGUCUCGUUGGUUCUAGAGGCUGCUCUGGCACAUUUCCGCUUCGUCUUUAUGGUUUUUGAGCCGCUCUGGCCAUUUCUGCUGCUUCUCUAUGGUUUCCUGAGCCGCUCUGGCCAUUUCCGCUCCGUCUCUGUUUUUCCGGAAGCCUCUCUAGCUUCUCAUCUCCUUCUCUAUGGUUUCUGGAGCCGCUCUGGCCAUUUCCGCUCCGUCUCUAUUGUUCCGGUGCCGGUGAGGCCACUUCCGCUGCGCCUCUAUGGUUUUUUUGGGCCGCUCUGGCCAUUUCCGCUUAGUCUUUAUGGUUUUGGUUUUUUUUGAGCCGCUCUGGCUACUUCCGCUGCAUCUCGGUGGUUCCGGAUGCCGUUCUGACCCAUUUCCUUUUUAUCUUUAUGGGUUUUUUUUUUUUUUAACCGCUCUGGCCACUUCCGUCGCGUCUCGGUGGUUUCCGGAGCCGCUCUGGCCAUAUUUGCUCCUUCUCUAUGUUUUCCGGAGCCGCUCUGGCCAUUUCCGCUUCUUCUCUAUGAUUUUUCUAGCCGCUCUGGCCAUUUCCGCUCUUUCUCUAUGGUUUUCUUAAUCCGCUCUGGCCACUUCCGCCCCAUCUCUGUAGUUCCGGAAGCGCCUCUAUCCUCUGAUCUCCUUCUCUAUGGUUUCCGGAGCCGCUCUGGCCAUUUCCGCCUCGUCUCGGUGGUCAUGGAAGCCAUUUCGGCCACUUCCGCUCUGUCUCUAUGGUUACCGAAGCCGCUGGGAUCCUUUCCGCCUCGUCUCUAUGGUUCUGGAGCCUCUCUGGCCCGUUCCGCCUCCUCUCGAUGGUUUUUCGGUCCCCUCCGCCCGCCCCGUCCCCUCCCGGUAGUGUCGCGGCGCUCAUGGCGGCUCUGGCGGCUCUCGGGGCUCCCCCGGUGCCCGAAAUCUUCGCCACCAUGGCGGAGGGGCCGAUCCCCGGCGGGACCAACCCGGGCGAGGCGUGGCUGGAGUCCCACGGGCGCAGCCUCGGGCACUUCGUGGACGGAGCGUGGCUGAAACCGGCGGGGAGGGCGAGCCUGGAGUGCCCCGAGGCCAGCACGGGCCGGGUGGUGGCCACGGUGCCGGCCGGGGACAGCUCGGAUGUGGCCAUGGCCGUGGCGGCGGCGGCAGCGGCGGCCGAGAGCUGGGCGGGGCUGGGGGGGCCCGAGCGGGGGCAGCGCCUGAGCCGGCUGGCCGCCACGCUGGCCGGUGACCGCGGAGGGGCCCUGGGGGCGCUGCUGGCGCUGGGCGAGGGGCGGCCGCUGUGCCGGAGCCUCGGGGCCGAGCUGGAGCUGGGGCUGCGGCUGCUGCGGGGGCUGGAGCCCCCCGGGCCGGGCUGGGCCCCCCUGGGGGUGGUGGCCGUGGUCCUGGAGGGUCCCUGCUCGCUGCUGGAGCUGCUCUGGAAUCUGGGGCCACUCCUGGCCAUGGGGAACGCGGCCGUGCUGCUGUGCCCCCCGGCGGCGGCGCCGGCGCUGCUGCUGCUGGCCGAGCUGUGCGGGGAGGGGGCCGCGCUGCCCCCCGGCGUGCUCAACGUGCUGGCCGGACCCCCGGCGCUGAGCCGGGCCCUGCGCGCCCACCCCGAGGUCACCUGCGUCACCUUCCUGGGGGCCGCACAGGAGGAGCUGCGGGCCCGGCUCUGGGGGUCCCCGUGCCGGGGGCCGCGCCUGGGGCGUCCCCGGGGGGGUCCCCGGGGCGGCCGCGUCGUCGCCAUCGUGCUGGACUCGGCCGACCUGGACAGCGCCGCCGCCGCCAUCGCCCGCGCUGCGGCCGCGCCCCCGGCCACGCUGCCGGGGGGCGGCUGCGUGGUGCUGGCGCAGGACGCGGUGGCGGCGGCGCUGCAGCGGCGGCUGCGGGCGCGGCUCGGGGGGCUGCGCCUCGGGGACCCCGCCGAGCCCGGCACCGAGGUGGGGCCGCUGCCCCCCGGGGUCCCCCCGCCCGAGGAGCUGCUGCAGGAGGCGCGCGAGGAGGGCGCUCAGGUUUUCCAGGCUCCGCUGCCGGCGCUGCCGGGGGGCGGGCGGCGUUUCUGCCCCCCGACGCUCAUCUCGGGGGUGGCCCCGACCUCGCGCUGCCUGCGGGAGCCGGUCCCGGGGCCGGUGCUGGUGUUGCUGCCCGUGCGUGGCCCCGCCGAGGCCGUGGCCGUGGCCUCCGCCCUGCCCCACGCCGCCGCCGCCGCUCUCUGGGCCCAGGACAUCACCGUGGCCCUGGACACGGCGGACAGGCUGCCCCAGGGGCUCGUGUGCCUCAACGCCGCCGAGCUGCCGGAGCCCUGCGCCGCGGACGCCCACCUGGAGGAGGUGCUGCGAGAGUUCGGGUGCCCCCCCUGGGAACAGCCCCCCAAGGUGGAUGAGCCGCUCAGCCCCCCGCUGACCGUGGAUGACCCCGGCGACCCCGAGCUGGCCCAGGCCGUGGCCGCCGCCCGCGGGGCCGCCCCGGGGUGGGGGCGGCUGCCGGGGGCGGCGCGGGCGCGGGUGCUGCGGGCGGCGGCGGCGGCGCUGCCGGGGGUGCCCGGGAGCCCCGAGGACGGCGGCAGCACCUGCAGUACCGGCGGGAGCCUCCGGGCGGCGCUGCUGCGGUGGGCGGUGCGCGCCGAGCGCGCGGGCGGGGCCGUGCAGGAGUGGCCCGGGGGGCGGGUCCUGCUGACGAGGCGGCCGCUCGGAGUGCUGGGCGUGGCCUGGGCGUGGCCGCGCCCCCUGGCGCUGGAGCUCCUCCCCCCGGCGCUCGCGCUCGGCAGCUGCGUCGUGGUGGUGGCGCCUCCUGGCGGACUCGGCGCCGCACAGCGGCUGCGCAAGGCUCUGGUGGCCGCAGGGCUGCCGGGGGGGGUCCUGACGGUGCUCCCCGGGAGCUGCCGGGGCUCGGGAUCGCGGCUGGCGCGGCAGCGGCCGGACGGGCUGUGGCUGUGCGGGAGGGACGCGGACUGCGACUGGGCCUCUGCCGUCGGCGUCCCCCGCGUUUGGGGGGUCCCGGAGGGGCUGCUGGGGGCUCCGGGGCAGGACCCCCCUCCCGGCGCCGAGCGGGAGCUGGAGCUGCGCUGCACCCGCCCCCGCUGCCUUUGGCUGCCGGGGGGCGCUCCCUGAGGCGCCCCCCCAGACCGCCCCCCCGAAUCUGCAGGGAUUUCGGACCUCACACUGUGCGACCCCCGCCCCAAUAAAGCGCUCCGAGCCGCA